CACUGGGCUGAGCACGGAAGGUUGGACCCCGAUCCAUCAUCCGAGAUAGAUCACAACCCUAAAUAGGACAAGAUGGAUGCGGCACCAAGUGAGAAAGGUUUCCCCACCGCGCAACUAUUCCUGCUGGGCCUCUGUCGCAUCGCCGAGCCCGUCGCCCUUACCUCCCCUCUCCCCUAUGCCUAUGAUUUGAUGGAACAUCUGUUGGGUGACAACACCACUAAUGCUGCAUUCUAUGCCGGUCUUUUUGUCGCCGCCUUCUCCCUCACCGAAACCUUGACCGGCUUUUGGUGGGGUGCCCUCUCCGACCGCAUUGGAAGAAAGCCGGUUUUGCUCUUGGGAUGUGCUGGAACAGUUCUCUCCCUAUUUGUUCUGGGCUUCUCGGUCAACAUCUGGAUGGCAAUACUCGGGAGAGCGUUGGGGGGUGCCUUGAAUGGGAACGUCGGGGUUGUGCAAACCAUGGUUGGCGAGAUGGUGACCCGGCCCGAACAUGAAGCACGGGCGUACGCGGUCAUCCCAUUUUUCUUCAGUGUCGGAUGCACCAUCGGACCCGCCCUUGGAGGUCUCUUGGCCCAGCAGACCUUGGGGAGUGCAAUCUUCCGGCAAUUUCCCUACCUGCUGCCGAAUAUUGCCUGUGCUGGCAUGGUCCUCGUCACAAUUGUGCUGGCCUACCUAGCCUUGGACGAGACACACCCGGGCCUCCACAAGAAACCACUGGGAGGAAUGGGCUCGCGCCAGUCACCGGACGACAGCGAAAAUGCACCCCUUCUACAGCCCACGCCUGAUUCCACGAGUGAAUCCGCGAACGGAGGCUCCUUGUGGGAGUUGAACACAAAUGCCAAGAUGCUGAUCGGUGCCGUGUGCUUGCUGAGCGCCCAUACGGUCACCUACAUUCAGCUGCUACCAAUCCUCUUGCGGAGUCCGCGCGACCAAAGCGUUCCCCCAUACUACAUCGGUGGAAUUGGCGGGCUGGACAUGAGUCUUUCGGAGGUGGGUCUUGUGAUGGGGGUCAAUGGGAUUAUCGGACUGGGUAUCCAGUUGGUCUUUCCGGUGUUUACCGACUGGUUUGGGCUCAAGAUGACUUUGCUAAUGAUGACCACAUUACACCCCCUCGCCUACUUUUCGCUUCCCUAUCUUCCUUUCAUGCCCGCGAGCACCUGGCGCUUCGGUCUGUGGACCUGGUUAGUUGCACGAAACGUCCUCUCCACAUUCACCUACCCAGCUCUUUUGAUUCUCAUCAAACGGUGGACACCUAAUACCCUCAUCCUUGGUCGGGUUAAUGGGCUGGUGGCAAGCGCAGGGGCCGCCUGUCGAACCAUCUCCCCGGCGGCAGCGGGGCUUUUGCAGAGCAUCGGAGAGAAUCACCAUUUUAGUGCUCUGGCCUGGUGGGGAUCGGGUGUACUGGCCCUCGUUGCAGCUAUUCAAUCUUGGUUUAUUAGAUUCGAUGGUGCUCCAAAUUGACCAUCUCUAUCAAAUGCGGCCGUUACGGCUGCCAAUUGAAUUGACUGGGAAACAAUGGCAUUAUAUCCUAUGUGUCGGCGAUUUUAAAAAGCUGGUAAUCAAGUCUCUAGCAGAUGUACGCACAUCUCAACCCCUCGGCUCUGAGCCUCGAGCACAGCCCACCUCCCGGCCAAGCGUGGAAUCGUGCGGCGUUGAAUAUUACACAACCGCAGACCAUGUCUACACGGGCUCCGCAUCCAAUGAUUUGUCAACACCUACAUGACUACGGAUACAAAUCUGUGCGAUAAUCAUCCAACGUGCGAAAGAUACUU